AUGGACGACUUGCAUGAAGCCGAAUUCUCGUGGCCCUACAGUGAUGCUUCGGAUGUGAUCUUAACUGGCUCAUUCGACCACUGGUCCUGCACUAUGCAUCUGCCCAAGGGCACAUCUGGUUUCGUAGGCAAUGUCAGGGUUCCCUGGAAUGAGAAAGUUCCAUAUAAGUUCAUUGUGGACGGAAAAUGGGUCACCCGCAAUGACCGCCCAACAGAGUUAGAUGGUGCCGGGAACCUUAAUAAUGUUCUUAUUGCGCCCUCUAAGCCC